AUGGUCAAUAAAGAUGGUGUGCCUGCCUUCCAUGUGCUGGAGAAUGGCAAUCCCGUCAACGCGAUCACUCCUGUCCUGGGAUUGCGAGUGCCGGUAGUGGUCGUCGGUCCACUGACCCAACAAUGUCCAACGUAUCUGCUCCCAGUUCUGCUCUCAGCGGGGGUCCGCCACCUUCAGGGGCAGCGCAUCCAGCACGGGGGUCCUUUUGGCUCGCGCGGAACUGCGUUCGGUGGUCCCGGUCCAGUCGAUGAGCAGCAGCACUGGAGGCACUUGGACCGGUCAUUGGCUCGAGGAGCCUGGCUGGAUAUUGCGGCUUGCCCAAUGCCAGAGGCCAAUUGCGCUGCAUCUGACAUUUGA